AUGGCUUCUUUAGUAUCUUCACCCUUCACCUUACCCAACACAAAAGCAGACCAGCUUUCUUCGCUCUCCAGAAAGCAAUACUUUCUUCACUCAUUUCUCCCCAAAAAAGUCAACCCGAGCAGCUUAAAGUCCUCCCUCAAAGUGAAAUGUGCAAUGGGCAAUGGCCUCUUCACCCAAACCACUCAGGAGGUCCGGCGUAUUGUGCCAGAAAAUAAGCAAGGCCUCCCAACUGUGAAAAUUGUCUAUGUGGUCUUGGAAGCACAGUACCAAUCAUCACUCACUGCAGCAGUGCAGGCUUUGAACAGAAACAGCAAGUAUGCUUCUUUUGAAGUUGUGGGUUACUUAGUUGAAGAGCUUCGUGAUGCAGAAACUUAUAAAAUGUUCUGCCAAGACCUUGAGGACGCCAACAUCUUCAUUGGGUCUUUGAUUUUUGUUGAGGAGCUUGCCGUGAAGGUGAGGGAUGCUGUGGAGAAAGAAAGGGACAGGCUUGAUGCAGUUUUGGUGUUUCCUUCAAUGCCUGAAGUGAUGAGGCUCAACAAGUUGGGUUCUUUCAGCAUGUCCCAGCUUGGGCAAUCCAAGAGCCCAUUUUUCCAACUUUUCAAGAGGAAGAAGCAGUCUGCUGGCUUUGCUGACAGUAUGCUCAAGCUUGUGAGGACUUUGCCUAAGGUGUUGAAAUACUUGCCUAGUGAUAAAGCUCAGGAUGCUAGACUUUAUAUUCUCAGUUUGCAGUUUUGGCUAGGUGGGUCACCAGAUAACUUGCAGAAUUUCUUGAAAAUGAUAUCUGGUUCUUAUGUUCCUGCUCUGAAAGGCGAAAAGAUUCCAUAUUCAGACCCAGUUCUGUUCUUGGAUAGUGGAAUUUGGCACCCUUUAGCCCCUUGUAUGUAUGAUGAUGUGAAGGAGUACUUGAAUUGGUAUGGAACUAGGAAGGAUGCUAAUGAGAAGCUUAAGAGCCCCAAUGCACCAAUAGUCGGGUUGAUUUUGCAGAGGAGUCACAUUGUUACUGGGGAUGAAAGUCACUAUGUGGCUGUGAUCAUGGAAUUGGAGGCAAGAGGGGCUAAGGUGAUACCAAUUUUUGCUGGUGGGCUUGACUUUUCAGGGCCAGUUGAGAGGUUUCUGAUUGAUCCAGUUACUAAGAAACCGUUUAUCCAUUCUGCUAUAUCUCUUACUGGUUUUGCUCUUGUUGGGGGGCCAGCUAGACAGGAUCAUCCACGGGCUGUUGAGGCUCUGAUGAAGCUUGACGUUCCAUACAUUGUCGCAUUGCCUUUGGUAUUCCAGACAACUGAGGAGUGGUUAAAUAGCACUUUGGGGCUGCACCCAAUUCAGGUAGCAUUGCAAGUGGCUCUCCCAGAGCUAGAUGGAGGCAUGGAGCCCAUUGUUUUCGCAGGCCGGGAUCCUAGAACAGGGAAAUCACAUGCUCUUCACAAGAGGGUAGAACAGCUUUGCACCAGGGCAAUCAGAUGGGGUGAAUUGAAAAGGAAGGCAAAGGCUGAGAAGAAGCUUGCAAUUACAGUCUUCAGUUUCCCUCCAGACAAAGGAAAUGUUGGAACAGCUGCCUAUCUGAAUGUUUUUUCCUCCAUCUUCGCAGUUCUGCAAGAACUCAAAAGAGAUGGUUACAAUGUGGAGAACCUUCCAGAGACUUCAGAAGCCUUGAUCGAAGAUGUAAUUCAUGACAAAGAGGCUCAAUUCAGCAGCCCAAAUCUUAAUGUUGCUUACAAAAUGGGGGUCCGUGAAUAUCAAAGUCUAACUCCAUAUGCUACUGCAUUGGAGGAAAACUGGGGAAAACCUCCUGGGAACCUGAACUCUGAUGGAGAGAAUCUCUUAGUAUAUGGGAAACAGUACGGAAAUGUCUUCAUCGGAGUUCAGCCCACAUUUGGCUACGAGGGUGAUCCAAUGAGGCUACUGUUCUCCAAAUCAGCUAGCCCACAUCACGGCUUCGCAGCAUAUUAUUCAUUUGUUGAAAAGAUUUUCCAAGCUGAUGCUGUACUACAUUUUGGUACUCACGGUUCACUGGAAUUCAUGCCUGGAAAACAGGUGGGAAUGAGUGAUGCCUGUUUCCCAGACAGUCUGAUUGGGAACAUCCCCAAUGUCUAUUAUUAUGCUGCUAAUAACCCAUCUGAAGCUACCAUAGCCAAGCGUCGGAGCUAUGCCAACACCAUCAGCUAUCUGACUCCUCCUGCAGAAAAUGCUGGGCUUUACAAAGGCCUUAAGCAAUUAAGUGAGCUUAUCUCCUCCUAUCAAUCCCUUAAAGACACAGGCCGUGGGUCACAGAUUGUUAGCUCAAUAAUCAGCACAGCUAAGCAAUGUAAUCUUGACAAGGACGUAGAACUACCCGAGGAAGGGCUGGAAAUCUCAGCAAAAGAACGAGAUCUUGUGGUUGGAAAGGUGUAUAACAAAAUCAUGGAGAUUGAGUCCCGUCUAUUGCCUUGUGGGCUUCAUGUCAUUGGUGAGCCUCCAACAGCCAUGGAAGCAGUUGCAACUCUUGUUAACAUUGCUGCACUGAACCGUCCAGAAGAAGGGAUUACUUCCCUCCCAGAUAUAUUAGCUGAGACUGCUGGAAGAGACAUAGAGGACAUUUAUAGAGGGAGUGAUAAAGGGAUAUUGAAGGAUGUAGAGCUUCUUAAGCAAAUAACUGACACAUCACGUGGAGCAAUUUCUGCAUUUGUGGAGCGUACAACCAAUGAGAAGGGUCAAGUAGUUGAUGUAAAAGAUAAACUGAGCUCAAUCCUUGGGUUUGGUAUAAAUGAACCUUGGGUUCAGUACUUGUCAAACACAAAGUUUUAUAGGGCUGACAGGGACAAACUGAGAACAUUGUUUAUGUUUUUGGGAGAAUGUUUGAAGCUGAUUGUGGCUGACAAUGAGAUAGGGAGUUUGAAACAAGCAUUGGAGGGCAAAUAUGUGGAGCCAGGUCCUGGUGGUGACCCAAUUAGAAACCCGAAAGUGUUGCCAACUGGAAAGAAUAUUCAUGCACUUGAUCCACAAUCUAUACCCACAACAGCAGCAAUGCAGAGUGCAAAAAUUGUGGUGGAGAGGUUGAUAGAGAGGCAGAAGAUUGAUAACGGGGGAAAGUAUCCUGAGACAAUAGCACUUGUUUUGUGGGGUACAGACAAUAUUAAGACUUAUGGUGAGUCCUUGGCUCAGGUUUUGUGGAUGGUGGGUGUAAUGCCAGUUGCUGAUGCUUUUGGACGAGUCAACCGGGUGGAAAUAGUAAGUCUUGAAGAGCUUGGAAGACCCAGGAUUGAUGUUGUUGUCAACUGCUCUGGAGUUUUCAGAGACCUCUUUAUCAAUCAGAUGAAUCUGCUUGACCGUGCAGUGAAGAUGGUAGCUGAACUAGAUGAGCCAGUUGAGCAAAACUUUAUCAGGAAGCAUGCACUGGAACAAGCAGAAACCCUUGGGAUUGGGGUUCGUGAAGCUGCAACUCGGAUCUUCUCCAAUGCUUCAGGAUCCUAUUCCUCCAACAUUAACCUUGCUGUGGAGAACUCCACAUGGAAUGAUGAGAAGCAGCUGCAAGACAUGUAUCUAAGCCGAAAAUCUUUUGCUUUUGAUUCUGAUGCCCCUGGUACAGGCAUGGCUGAGAAUAGAAAAGUUUUUGAGAUGGCUCUGAGCACAGCUGAUGCGACAUUCCAAAACCUUGACUCAUCAGAGAUCUCACUUACUGAUGUAAGCCACUACUUUGACUCGGAUCCAACCAAUCUGGUGCAAAACCUAAGAAAGGAUGGAAAGAAACCAAGUGCUUACAUUGCUGACACCACCACAGCUAAUGCCCAGGUUCGCACACUCUCUGAGACUGUGCGUCUUGAUGCAAGGACCAAGUUGUUGAACCCUAAAUGGUAUGAAGGAAUGUUAUCCAGUGGAUACGAGGGUGUUCGUGAAAUUGAGAAAAGGCUGACUAACACAGUUGGGUGGAGUGCAACUUCCGGCCAAGUUGACAACUGGGUGUAUGAAGAGGCCAACUCAACUUUCAUUCAAGAUGAGGAGAUGUUGAACAGGCUGAUGAAAACGAAUCCAAACUCCUUCAGGAAGCUGGUACAGACAUUCCUGGAGGCCAACGGACGCGGUUACUGGGACACUGAUGAGCAGAAUAUUGAGAAGUUGAAGGAGUUGUACUCAGAAGUUGAAGACAAGAUCGAGGGAAUCGAUCGGUAA